AUGGAUGCUUCCCCGGUCGGCCAGGAAGCACGUCGGUUGUGCGCGGUGACCGGCGGCCGGGGAUUCAUGGCGAGGCACCUGGUCGCGGCGCUGCUCCGCUCCGGAGAUUGGUGCGUGCGGAUCACCGACCUCGCCCCCAAUGUUGCCAUGGAGCCCGACGAGGAUGAUGGGCUCCUUGGCGCCGCUCUCCGUGACGGCCGCGCCACCUACAUCUCUGUCGACGUCUGCCAAUUGGAGUAG